AAAGGGCACAGUCAGCCAGAGGAGCCCAUCCAUCCUCUUGAGACAUACAUUCUCUUCCCUUGAUACCCCUUGGGUCAUACCCGGCAUAUCCUCCUCUGCUUGACCUUCGGCAUCAUUGCUCGGCGCAUCCAUCGUUACUUGGCAAGAAGGCCGUCCAACGACUGCCUCUUAAGGCUCGGCCGGGGUGAUUAGUUUGUGACAUCCUACCAACACAUCGAGGUGCGCCCAUAGACUGACCCAGGCGAGCUGAGCAGCUCCCGUCUCGCUCGAAAAUGGACUAUGGAAGCCAUAGCGGGGGCGGAGGUGGUGUGUACAGCAUGUUUGGCGCACAGGCAUCGCAGCUUCUGGCUGAGCAGGCGUCUGCAGAACCGUCCGGAAGCAACCAGUAUGACUGGGACGCACAACAAGCUCCCGCUUCGAAUGAGCUGGAUUUGGUCUUUAUAAUGGACGCAACGGGCUCAAUGGGAUCGUAUAUAGACUCAGCUACCAAGAACAUUGAAACCAUCUGCGACAACAUUAUCCAAUCCGAAAAGCUCUCCACGACCGGAGCGCUUAGAGUGGGACUCGUCUCGUUCCGAGACCAUCCUCCGCAAGACUAUACGUACGUGACCAAGAACUUCGGCUUCACUUCUAGCAUCGCAGAGAUGAAAGAGAACCUUGCGGGGCUGUAUGCAUCGGGAGGCGGUGAUGGCCCAGAGGCAGUGACGGCGGCGCUCAAGUGCACACUAGACCUGGAUUGGCGGCCGUCCGCUACCAGGCUCGCCGUCUUGAUUACAGACGCUCCUCCUCACGGCAUCGGCGAGUACGGCGAUGGCUUUCCAAAGGGCUCUCCCGAUGGCAGCGACCCUCUUGUCUUGGUGCGACAGAUGGCCCAGAUGGGUAUUUCGCUCUUCAUGGUAGCUUGCGAGCCAGGCCUAUCAUCCUACAGCAACGCUGCAGACUUCUACCAAGGCAUAGUCCGUGUCACCUCGGGCCUGCUGGUACCUCUCACCACAGCCUCUCUCCUGACUCACGUCAUCAUCGCAGCAGCCGGAGAGGCGAUGGCUCUGAAUCGUCUGCACACGGAAGUGGGCGAUGCAGUUGUGGAGCGUCUGAAAUCUCUCAGUCUCGAGGCAGCUUCGAGCGAGCGGCCUCCGGCGGUAUCAGACUUGAUGGACGAAGUGGCGAGGGAUCUCCAUCAGCGCCUGUUGUUGCGCAAUGAGAACACAAAGCAGCUAGUGGUAGAGAGCAUCUAUAGGGAUUCGGAUGAGGCAAGACAGAACAUCGAGGUGUGGAGUACGGCCCCGGACGUUGAGACCGCGAAGCCGCACAUCCAGAAGGUAUACGGCUCUCGACUCUCCGACAAGUGGCUGUCGACUCGUCAGACCAGCAGCUCUCUGACCUCGCACGCUCCCUUCCCACGCUCGAGAGCCGGAGGCGGUAGCUCCUCCUCUUCCACCUCGUCUACUUGGAACAAUGUCUCCUCCACUUCCUCGGCUUCAAACCCUUCCCCAUCCUCGCGCAAGGUGGUCAGCAACUUCUCAACAUUCUCGGCCGGCACAGGAAUGAGUAUGAGUGGGUCUCCCUCUUUCGGAUCGCCUCAGCGCUUCGGCGGGACAAGCACAAGUGCUGCCUUCUCAGCGGGCUCUCCCGAAGGGAACAAAAGUCCAGCUUUUUACGGUGCAAGAGGCCAACAGGGAGGGAGCAGGAUGGGUGUUCGUGAUGACGACGAUGACGACGACGAUGAUGACGACAAAGAGGAAGAAGACAGGCCUCUACCUGUGGCGGUUGAGACGGACGAAGGGGCGCUGGAGUUUGCCGGAGAAGAUGGGUCCAAGUUGCGCCUCAAGCAGGGCGCGAUCUCCCUAGAUCAGGCAAGACGACUGGCCAUGUCAAGUGCCUACAGAGGUGGUCUAGCAUGAUGAUCCUCAUCCCCAUUCCCUUCUCCUAAGACUUCGUAUAAUACCAUUCCCUCCAUGCCCGCUCCUUGCCUUGAUUGGCUUUUUGGCCCGUGUACCUUUCUGUGAAAAUUGAGCGGCCGGAGCGAUCCAUCGUCGGACUUUCGGGCUCUGUCCGUAGUCCGGCCGUGUUCCCAUC